UCCACUGGUGAAAAAGGCUCUCCUAUCUCCACCAAAGAGCCAAAUGAGCCAAGUGAGAGUGCCAGACCAAUAAAACCCCCCAAAACAAACUCCAAAGCUUUAACACAAACCGGUUACCAGAGCCGAUGGCUGUGACUUCCACUUCCGCCACCGCCUCCCUUCUCCGGCCAAAUUUCAGAACGUCGCCGCCACAACACGGCGGCCAAUUCUCAAAUUCAAUUGCUAUCGCGUUCAAGCCGCGAAGAUUCCGGAUAAGGAGCUCCGGUGAUGCUCCGGUGGAAACUACAGAUGAAUCAGACUCAAACAGUCCUGUUGAGACUCCGAAGGGACCUCCGUCUUUGAUCUCGGCUUUGAAUGUUGAAAAAGCUCUUCGCGGCAUUGCGAUUACUGAUGCAGAUCACUACGGCAUGCUUGGACUUCAGAGAGAAUGCUCAUACGAUCAAGUUACAUUUGCAUAUAAGAGAAAGGUUGAAGAACUGAAGAGUCAGGAAUUGGAUGAAGAGGAAGCUAACAACAAGCUUGGCCUCCUAAAGGAAUCAUAUUCGAUUUUGUCAUCUCCGAAAGAGAGAAGAUUAUACGAUUGGAGCUUGACCAGAAGUGAGAAACCAGACAGAUAUGCCUGGCCUUUCGAGGUCGAGAAAGCAACAACUCCCACAGAGGAGCCUCCUGCUCAGGAGCCGGAAGAUGUGAGGCCUACCAUUUUAGUGGGAUACUUCUUGUUUGCUUGGUUGAUUUUAUCCUUCACAUUAUCUAUCGCUCUCAAUAGAUAGGAAAAAUUUUAAAAUGAAGAUGUAAAAUUCAUCUCUUGGCAUUACAAUUUUCCAUUGUUUUAAUAUUUAAAAACUAUCCAUGAAGGGCAGUUUGUAACUUAAAA